GGCGCUGUCGGCGGAAAGCGGCGGUGAGCGCGGCCUGUUGAGGGCCCCGGAGACGAGCGGCGCGCUGGGCGGCCAUGGGAGCGGCGCCCUGAGGACCGAGCCCGGCAUGGCCAGGCGCAAGGCCCUCGACCCGCGGGCCAGGGGGCCUUCUUCGCUCUUCCUCCUCUCCGAGGACAACCUGCUGCGACGAUAUACCAAAUUCUUCAUCGAGUGGCCUCCGCUCGAAUAUGCCGUGCUGCUCACCAUCAUCGCCAACUGCAUCGUGCUGGCGCUCGAAGAGCACCUGCCCAAAGGCGACCGGACGCCGCUCGCCCAGAAGCUGGAAAAAACGGAGCCUUACUUUCUAGGUAUCUUCUGCGUAGAAGCCCUAUUGAAAAUUGUAGCCUUAGGAUUUAUACUGCAUCGCGGAGCGUACCUCCGCAACAUUUGGAAUAUCAUGGACUUCGUGGUCGUCGUCACGGGGUUUGUUACCUACUUUGUACCGGAGGAUUUAGAUUUAGAUCUCAGAACCUUGAGAGCCAUCAGGGUGCUUCGACCCUUGAAGCUGGUCUCCGGAAUCCCAAGCCUUCAAGUAGUGUUGAAGUCCAUCAUCAAAGCCAUGGCGCCAUUGCUUCAAAUAGGACUUCUUGUUCUCUUUGCCAUCGUUAUAUUUGCCAUUAUUGGCCUUGAAUUUUACAGCGGUGCUUUACACAAAACAUGCUACAGUUUAGAAGAUGCAAACGAGAUCGUUCCGGAGGGCGAGCAGGAGACGCCUUGCUACCAGGAUUCUCCGUUAAACUCGUCGCAUCCUUCCGGGGCGUACAUUUGCGACCACAACGUCUCUAUGUGCAAGGAGGGCUGGAUAGGCCCAAACUACGGCAUCACUAGCUUCGACAACAUCUUUUUCGCCAUGUUAACUGUUUUUCAAUGCAUCACCAUGGAGGGUUGGACGGCCAUUUUGUACUGGACAAAUGAUGCCUUGGGUAACUCAUUUAACUGGGUGUAUUUCGUACCUCUCAUCAUCCUGGGAUCAUUUUUCAUGCUCAACUUAGUUCUCGGUGUUCUUAGUGGAGAGUUUGCAAAAGAGAGAGAAAGGGUGGAAAACCGGCAAGCCUUUCUCAAGAUUCGGAGGCAGCAGCAACUAGAAAGGGAGUUGGACGGCUACGUCGAGUGGAUAUGCAAAGCGGAGGAGGUAAUCCUGGCGGAGGAGAGAACGACUGAAGAGGAGAAAAUGCACAUAAUGGAAGCUCGCAGGCGAGCGGCCAAUAAGCGUAAGAAACUAAAGAGCAUGCACAACAAGAGCACGGACGAGGAGGAGGAAGAAGAGGUGGAGGAUGAAGGCUUUGCAAGGGCUUCCUACCUCAAAACGAAGAUUAAGAACAAGGGAGCCUGUAAAGCUUUCUGGAAGGCCGAGAAGCAAUUCAGGUUCUUCAUUCGUCAAGUCGUCAAGACGCAAACUUUCUAUUGGGUUGUGAUUGUACUUGUGUUCUUAAACACUGUGUGCGUUGCAGUGGAGCACCAUGAUCAAGAUCAAUAUCUCACAGACUUUUUAUAUUAUGCAGAAUUUGCAUUUUUGGGGCUAUUCAUCUUCGAGAUGUUAAUCAAGGUGUAUGCUCUUGGACCACGCAUUUAUUUUGAAUCGUCUUUCAACAGAUUCGACUGUGUAGUUAUAGCGGGUAGCAUCUUUGAAGUGGUCUGGUCCAGCCUCAAGGAAGGCUCGUUCGGACUGUCUGUUCUUCGGGCCCUUCGGCUGCUGCGUAUAUUCAAGUUUACCAAGUACUGGUCUUCGCUACGAAACCUGGUGAUAUCUUUGCUGAACAGCAUGCGCUCCAUCAUCAGCUUGUUGUUCCUGCUCUUCCUAUUCAUCCUCAUUUUCGCGCUCCUUGGCAUGCAACUCUUCGGCGGCGUAUUUAACUUUCCCGAGGGCACGCCGGCGGCAAAUUUCAACACUUUUCCAAUUGCCUUGCUCACAGUGUUUCAGAUAUUAACGGGGGAAGAUUGGAACGAGGUCAUGUAUAAUGGCAUUCAGUCCCAAGAUGGAAUUCAUGGUGGGAUGAUCUACAGCCUUUACUUCAUCAUUCUCGUCCUUUUUGGCAACUAUACCCUGUUAAACGUAUUCUUGGCCAUCGCUGUGGACAACCUGGCAAAUGCCCAGGAAUUGACGGCAGCCGAGGAGGAAGACGCAGAGGAGGAGAAGGAGAGAGCUAAGGAGGAGCUGGAGAAGGAAAUUGCUGAUCUGCAAAUGGCUACAGCGGGUAGUUUAGAUCCACCACAAGUAAACAUAUGUCCGCCAUCGCCUCAAAGCGGUGCGCCGGGCAAAGGAAAAACUUUCCCUUUUCAAGAAAAUCAGUUGGAAGCUGGAACUAAAUUCAAGGGAACCAAUGACAAUAACAACAUCGACGUCGAUGAAGAUUAUGCACCUCCUAGGGAGGAUGACGAUGAAGACGAUAUUACUGGUCCAAAGCCAAUGAUGCCGUACUCUUGCAUGUUCGUCUGUUCACCGACAAAUCCGAUCCGACGAGCCGCCCAUUUCAUUGUUAAUCUUCGUUACUUCGAGCUAUUCAUCAUGAUCACCAUUACGCUUAGUAGCAUUGCCUUAGCCGCAGAAGACCCAGUGGAGGAAGACUCGACAAAGAAUAGAAUCUUGAACUACUUCGACUAUGCGUUUACGGGGGUGUUCACUGUCGAGAUGCUUCUAAAGAUCGCCGAUCAGGGCGUCAUCUUUCACCCGGGAGCCUACUGCAGAGACUCCUGGAACAUUUUAGAUGCCAUUGUUGUCAUUUGCGCACUCAUUGCCUUCGCAUUUGCGGGAAGCUCCACAGGUCAGAACCUAAGCACCAUCAAAUCACUGAGGGUUCUACGAGUCUUGCGGCCACUUAAAACUAUUAAACGCGUCCCCAAGCUAAAGGCCGUGUUCGACUGCGUAGUCACAUCCCUCAAGAAUGUGUUCAACAUACUCAUCGUGUACAUUUUGUUCCAAUUUAUCUUUGCUGUGAUAUCCGUUCAACUAUUCAAUGGCAAGUUUCACUACUGCACUGAUGCGUCCAAGCUCACCCAAAGUGAAUGCAAGGGAGAAUAUUACGUGUUUAGCGACGCGGACAAGCCACCUAGGGUGGAGCGGCGUCAGUGGAAGCACCAGCCUUUUCAUUACGACAACGUGAUGGCGGCCAUGUUGACCUUGUUCACCGUGCAGACUGGCGAGGGCUGGCCACAAGUGCUUCAGAACUCGAUGGACUCCACGGACGAGGGCAAGGGGCCCCUGCCUAGAUACCGAAUUGAGAUGUCCAUUUUCUACGUCGUCUUCUUCAUCGUGUUCCCUUUCUUCUUUGUAAAUAUCUUCGUAGCACUCAUCAUCAUCACUUUUCAAGAGCAGGGUGAGAAAGAGCUCGAAGAAGGCGAGCUUGACAAAAACCAGAAAUCCUGUAUAGAUUUUGCCAUUCAAGCCAAGCCACUGCAGAGGUAUAUGCCAAAGAACAAAGACAGUUUUAAAUACAAAGUGUGGAAGAUAGUUGUUUCAACUCCCUUUGAAUACUUUAUCAUGGUAUUAAUUGUGCUCAACACCGUUCUGCUCAUGAUGAAGUUUUACAAUCAAAGCAAGACGCUGAAGAACACGCUCCACUACAUGAACGCUGCCUUCACCGCGCUUUUCACGAUUGAAUGCAUUCUCAAGGUGGCCGCAUUCGGAGUCCGGUUCCAUUAUGCCAGCGAUUUAUAUUCCGACAUACUAAGCUACUUAAACAUGGCCUUCACUAUCCUUUUCCUGCUGGAAUGUAUAUUCAAGUUCAUGGCUUAUGGAUGCAAGAACUUCUUCAAGAAUCCUUGGCAUACCUUUGAUUUCAUCACCGUUAUCGGAAGCAUCAUCGAUGUUCUAGUCAUGGAGACGGGGCUGAAUUUUUUCAGUGUGGGGUUCUUAAGGCUAUUUCGAGCAGCCCGCCUGAUCAAGCUUCUCAGGCAAGGCUACACCAUACGAAUUCUCCUUUGGACGUUCAUUCAGUCUUUCAAAGCUUUGCCUUACGUUUGCUUGCUCAUAGCUAUGCUCUUCUUCAUCUACGCGAUAAUCGGCAUGCAGGUCUUUGGAAAUAUUAUGCUGGCGUCGGACAGUCAAAUAACGAGGCACAAUAACUUCCGAACUUUCUUUCAAGGUCUAAUGCUUCUGUUCAGAUGCGCCACUGGUGAAGCGUGGCAAGCUAUUAUGAUGGCUUGCGUAAAGGGUCGCCCCUGUGACCCUCUUUCCAAGAAGGAGAAACCUGAGUGCGGUAGCAACAUGGCCUACGCCUACUUUGUCAGCUUCAUCUUCUUCUGCUCUUUCUUGAUGCUCAACCUGUUCGUCGCCGUCAUUAUGGACAAUUUCGACUACCUGACGCGCGACUCAUCCAUUCUCGGGGCCCAUCAUUUAGACGAAUUUAUACGGGUCUGGGCCGAGUAUGACCCGAACGCCACGGGCUACAUUCACUAUACGGAAAUGUAUGACAUGUUGCGUAAUAUGGACCCUCCCCUGGGUUUCGGAAACAAGUGUCCUUACCGACUGGCGUACAAGAAACUGAUUCGUAUGAACAUGCCUGUGACUGAAGAAGGAAAAGUCAACUUCAGCACCACAUUGUUUGCACUUAUUCGAGAAAAUCUGAGCAUCAAAAUGAGACCAGCAGAGGAAAUGGACCAGGCAGACAAAGAGCUCAAGGAUACCAUCCGCAAGUUGUGGCCAUUGCACGCGCGAAAAGUCACCGACAAAUUUAUGCCGCCUGAUUCCGAAUUGGGAGCAGGAAGGCUAACUGUCGGCAAAAUAUAUGGUGGUCUCCUUAUUCUCGAAAAUUGGAGAACCACGAGAUUCGGACAGGCUCCUGGAGCAGGGAGUCUCACGGAAAAGGCGAGUCCGCCAUCGCCGCCAGAUUCUCCGCGACCGUCCCUGCUCCAGCGUUUGAUGGGCGCCGUGCGCAACUCCAACACCCGAGCCAGCCACGGCAGCCUGAACCAGGACGAGGCACACCUGGACGACGGACACCUGCAGCCGCCUUCCAGGCAUGGCUCGCUACAUCGAUCGAGCCUCAGCAUGGAGCGCAACGGCCAGUCAUCGGAAAAGCCAUGGCAGCGGUCCCUGAGCUUCCUUCGUCGGGGUAGCAGCCGGCGGCACCGGCCCCAGGCGGGGCCCCCGCCGCUGCCGCCCACCGCGCCGCCGCCGGCCACCGAGAAGGUGGGCGCCGGCCCUGCGGGCGCCGGCUUGCCUGCCGCCGUUGCACGCUGCAUGCGCCGCACCUGCACGCCUCCCGGGGGGGCCUCAGCCGCGCCUCCGCCGCCGACGCCCCCAGGGCAGCACCCGCCGCACUGUGCACGCGAGCGCGAACUGCCUCCGCGCGAGCCCCCGCGCCUGACGCUGCGGCGCCGCGCGCAGGGUGACCGACCGCCGGCCCGCCUGAGGCCGGACUCCAUCGCCCUGGGACCGUCGCCGCAGGGGAGCCGCUGUGCGUCGCCGCUGCGCCGGUCACCGUCGCCGCGACGAUCAGCCGCGGGGUUCUCGGACGCUGUCAGCGACCUGGUCGACAAGGUCAAGUACGAGACGAGUCGCCGUGGCCGAGCCAGAGCGCGUCUCCACGGCGAUGAGUUCCUGCGAGAUUCUCCGCUGCGCGGCCGCCGCGGGUCGGCAGAGUACCGAAGCAGCACGUGGUUGGGCCAACGGUCCCGCAGUCCCUCGCCCAGCCGCGCGGGCGCCGAGCGCCACUAUGGUGGUGCGCGGUCCGCUAGUCCCGCGGCCUCGGCGCAGAGCCUGCCGGCCCAACGGCGCCGGCUACCGCCGACGCCGGCCAAGCCAUCGCGGCUACGACUCGACGCUCGAUCCAUGGAGGCCGGCAUCAACUUCCCCAGCGUGUCACAGUCACCCACGCUGCCGGGCGCCCGCUCGCCGGCCGCCAUCAACUUCCCCAAAGUGAACGCCUCGCCAACCCACUGCCCCCGACAGCUGCCCUCGCCGCUGCUGCCCAACGGUUACAAGCCGCGCCGCACACCGCGCCGCCGGCGCAGUGGCGACACCGACGACGACGACUGGUGCUAGCCGCUGUUGCCGCCGCUCAUGCCGCCGCCGCCGCCGAGCAACUCCCGAUGCAACCAAAAUAUUGCCGCCGAUAUAAAAAAAGAAAAAAAAAGAAAAAAAAGUUUUAUUACCUGAAUGAAAAUGAAAAACACUUUACUGCGCAAAUAAACUAAACAAGUUACAUAUAA